AAAUUUGCAUUCAUCCAAUGAACAGUGUGUUGUGUUUCCAGUGACUGCUUUUUCAAGAAUUAAAAGCGUCGAGGGAUUCUGUAACUACUUAUUUACAGUGAAAUGCAAGGAACAGAGAUGUUACAAGGGAGACGGGAUACCUCUGCAGUUGUAGCUUAUAUCUUUGUGGAAUUUGAUGGCUGUAACUGGAAGCAACAUGCCUGGGUAAAAGUCCAUGCUGAAGAGGUUAUAGUGCUGUUGCUGGAAGGAUCAUUGGUGUGGGCGCCUCGAAAUGAUCCAGUUCUGCUUCAAGGGGCUCGAGUCUCACCAAAACAGUGGCCCGCACUGACCUUUACUCCUCUAGUAGAUAAGCUGGGUUUAGGUUCUGUGGUCCCAGUGGAGUUUCUUCUGGACAGACAUUUACGUUUCUUGUCUGAUGCCAGUGGAUUACGAUUAUUUCAGAUGGGAACAGAAAGUCAGAAUCAGAUACUGCAGGAACAGCCUUUGCUAAGAGAAUCUGUCAAUUCAUUGUUCAGUGACCAGAAACUUCAGGAGAUAUUUAGUAGAGUUCCUUACAGUAUCCAAGGCCAAAGAGUUAAAGUUUACCAACCAGAAGAUGAAAAUAGCUGGCUCUGUGGUGUUGUGAGCCAUCAAGACCCAAUAACACGUCUCAUGGAGGUGUCUGUGACUGAGACUGGUGAAAUAAAGUCGGUGGAUCCUCGUCUGAUUCAUGUUGUGAUGGAUAACACUUCUCCGAGUGAGGGAGGGGGUCUAAAAGCAUCUAAGUCAUCUAAAGGGAAGAAGAAGAGAGAAAGUUUCGAGGGAAAAGAUGGACGGAGGAGGAAAAAUGUUUCAGAUUCUGGGUGUGAUUCUGCAACAAAGAAGCUAAAAGAGAGGGGUGAGGUGGAUGGCAAUGGUAGUGAUGGAGGUGAGGCAAGCAGAGGUCCUUGGAAAGGAGUCUCCAGUAGUGAAACAGGACUGGAUCCAAGGGCCAAACAGUUGCCUUCAUUUGUUCCUCAAAUUAAUCGCAAUAUUCGCUUUGCUACUUACACCAAAGAGAAUGGUCGAACAUUAGUAGUCCAAGAUGAGCCAGUUGGUGGUGACACACCAGUGCCAUUCACUCCAUUUUCCUCUGUGUCUGGACAAGCAUUGCUAGUUGGAUCUGGAUGUAAAGAGGCUGGAAAAUCACUGGAACAGAUUGGCCAAGGCACAGUGACUUCUGCAACCACGGUUAGUACAACUGCUUUGACACCAACAACUGUGAGAAUCUCCGAUACUAGCUUGCCAGCAAUUACUGGACAGGAGAAACUGAAAACAGGCCGAACUCAAGCCCAGGGAGAGAAUUCUCGAAAUUUGCUUUCAGCUUCCCCUGGAUUUGGAAUCUCUCUCCCAGGUGCUUCCCACUCUUUAGCAUUUGGAGGUGGAAGAAGCCAGUCAAAUGGAGUAGUGACUCCAGAAAGCAAGCCUUCUGGAUUUAUUUUUGGUUGUAGUACUGGACAAGAGGCUCAGAAAGAUUCUGAUCUGUCUAAGAACCUGUUUUUUCAGUGCAUGACCCAAAACCUACCUUCCAGUAACUACUUCACGGUCAUUUCAGAAAGCUUAUCUGAAGAUGCCACUAGUCGGGACUCAUUCAAGCAGUGCACAGAAAGCAUGGGUGCUGGGGUCUGCAAAGGUAAAGUUCUUUCAACGGACGCACAGUCUGGCAGUUCUGCAGAGCGGAAGCUGCCUGUGGAAUGUAUGCCCACCCUUACUCCAGCUUUUUCACGAAGCUUGUUGAAUACUCGCCCCCCAGAUAGUCAUGAAAACUUAUUUUUACAGCCCCCAAAACUAUCAAGAGAGGAACCCUCAAACCCUUUCCUGGCGUUUGCUGAGAAAACGGAACUUAGUCCUUUCAGUGGCUUUGCAUCAUCUCAGACAGGGGUUUCUACUCUGUCUACAUCUGUGGGUCAUAAGACUGCUUCUGGCUGGCCAGAAUCAAUCACAGCUACGGACUCUCUAGCUAAGAAGAAAACCUUGUUUAUAACAACUGAUUCCUCAAAGAUGAUCUCCACUACUCCUGGUUCAGCAGCUUCUGUUGGUGUUCAGAGUCCUUCCACUGCAGGGAAUGGCCGUUCCAGCUCACCAACUAGCAACCUGACACAGCCUAUUGAGAUGCCCACGCUUUCCUCUAGCCCAACAGAAGAAAAACCAGCUGUUGGGCCUGGCCAGCAGGACAAUCCUCUUCUGAAAACUUUUUCUAACGUGUUUGGCAGGCAUCCACCUGGCUUUUUCUCUUCACAGGCUGAGUUUCUGCAGGACAACAAAGCCCCCUUUGAAGCUGUGAAAAGAUUCUCGCUAGAUGAGCGGAGCUUGACAUCAAAACAGGAUUCAGACUCCAGUACUAAUAGUGACCUCUCAGAUUUAAGUGACUCUGAAGAGCAAUUGCAAGCCAAGGCUUGUAUGAAGGGCAUCCCAGACCACUUGAUGGCAAAACUAGGUCCCAAUGCAGAGCGCAAUGCUGAAUUGCUGCUGGGGAAAGGAAAGGGGAAACAAGCCCCGAAGGGCCGGCCUCGCACAGCUCCCCUAAAAGGUGAAUGCAGGGUGUCUUGGAAACAUAAAGAGGUGGGAUGAUAGGAUUUCUUCUGU